GAAUUGGAUUAGAAUUUUGGGAUGGGCAAGGAGUGAUCGUUAUGUCAAAUGUUGUUGUGUGGCUGCUGAAUGAGGACAGAACAGAACCAGAAUAUGCGCCCUUUUCCAACCACAACGUUAGACUCUUCACUCUGUUCCCCACAUCUCUUCUUAAAUCAUCAUAACCCAAGAAAUCUUAAUCUAAUUCUUGCAACCAACUCUGCUUCUGCUCCAAUCCCAAGUCUAUGUCUCCCUAGAUUGUUCCUACUACCUCAUUUGUAUUGCUCUUCUUCUAGUUCAAGUUCAAACCUCGACUUGGGUGGCAACGAAAAUUCUGAUGCUGAAGAAGAAGAAGAAGAAGAGAACGAGUUAGAAUAUGGGGAUGGUGUAUGCAUUGAGAUCGAGAAGCUUGAAAGCAAUAGUCGCAGAAUUCGAUCUAGAAUUGACAUUGACGCACCUCUCCAAACUGUGUGGAACAUUCUCACUGAUUAUGAGAGAUUGGCUGAUUUCAUUCCUGGUCUUGCUGUCUGUCAAUUGCUACAGAAGUCUGACAACUUCGCCCGACUUUUCCAGAUUGGACAGCAAAACUUGGCAUUUGGGCUGAAAUUUAAUGCAAAAGGAAUUGUUGAUUGUUAUGAAAGAGAACUUGAAAGCCUUCCUUUUGGUCAAAAGCGUGAUAUUGAGUUUAAGAUGAUUGAAGGAGACUUUCAACUAUUUGAAGGAAAAUGGUCUAUCGAACAGUCCAAUGGAGGAAGAAAUGAAGAUAGUGAUUCCUCGGCAGGCCAAAAAAUGUAUACAACUCUUUCUUACUUAGUUGAUGUAAAGCCAAAGCUGUGGUUGCCAGUUCAGUUUGUUGAGGGUAGACUGUGCAUGGAGAUUAAAAUGAACCUUGCAUGCAUCCGAGAAGAAGCACAAAGAACAGUUCACAACACUCUGCGUGUUCAAUAAUAUUAUUGACCUCUGAUUUGUUUUAUGUAAGUAUGUCCUCUUCCAAGUGUAUUUUAUGGCUCGAAAAAUUGUCAGUUGCUUGUAAUCAUUCUCAAGUAUAAUGUUAGCAUAUGUGUAUACAUAAGGUGGUGGCAGGGGGAGGCCCACUGGGGUGUGGGGGUAACUUGUUACAAAAAACAAAUGAGCAUUUUGGUGGGUAGGAUAAUAAAUUUGCUGAGCAGAAGUACAUUUUUGUGUGCUCCAUCCAUUGUCGGAGAAGCCUGCACAUAGGUAAAAUUUUUUCAGGUUGGAGUGCUAUCUUUCAACA